AUGAACGAAGCCAAUUUGAGCCAUAGGAACUCAAGAGAUAUCCAUGGAGAAGUGGGGUUGGGAAUGAGGUUCUCAGAUUCUUCGGCACCAUCAUGCCAUGCUGCAAUCAACAAUACUACUCCUCUGCUGCUGCUGCUGAAGUCAGUGAGCUCUGCAGAAACAAGAACUGCGGAAUCUGCAGAGCGAUUCCGUGAAAUUUCAAUAUGGAACACCAGAGGAAGAACAGUGGUAUUCGUCUAA